CACCACGUACGUAUAGAUUUCAUAUAGCUAGCUAGAGAACGUAUUACGUACUUAUUCUGAGAUAAAUGGUUCAGUACUUAGUUCUCCAGAAACUGUUUCUGGGUUUGAAUUUGCAUUGGCUGAAAGGGAUUGGAGGAAAGUCUUGGCAAUUAAACUAGGACACUUCCUUUAGUCUCCGAACAUGAUACGCGAUUUCACGAUACUAUUCUCUAACACUUAUACUUUGCUUUUUUCCCCCUAUCUCUUUCUUUCGUUCUCUUAGCCACACCCUCUGUCUAGGUUCACCCAGCCCAUGCAAAGAUGCGAUUAGAGGUGGCAAAUGGAUUUAUUUAUGGAUUGUUGGAUUGGAUUGGUGGAUCUAUGGAUCAAAUGGAUUGGUGGAUUCAUGGAUUAUCCAUGAAUACAAAUGACAACCUCAACCUCAACCAAGGACCAAUAUGUAAAAUGUGAAAAAGUUUAGGUACUAAAAUGUAAUAAUGAAAAAUUUUAGGUACCAAAACAUAAUUUUUGAUUUGGAUCCAUGGAUCAAUCCAUGAACUAGCAAUCCAAUUGGAUUUGGAUCAAAAGGAUUGGAUUUAACAGCCUGUUUGGAAAGGCUAAAUUUUGAAGAAAUGGAAUUCCAAUUCUCAAACUUUUCAUGAUUUUCUGGUUUGGAAGUAAAAAAUAAAAAGGAAAUGGAAUUUCAAAAGGUAAAAAGUUGAAAAUUCUAAAUCCUAUCAAAAGUGAUCGGAAUUGGUGGAGGGAGUGAUGGAAUUAGUGGACCCCACAUUAAUUUUGACUCACUUUUACAAAAAAAGCCUUUACUACUUUUGGAUUUGAAAUCAUUAAUACCAUGGAUAUUAUUGUAAAAGCACUUGUAAGAAAUCAUUUUCAUUUUUCUCAAAACAUAAAAAGAUGAAAUCAUAUUCCAAACUUUUGGAUUUGUUCCAAACAUAAACUCUUGAAAUGAAUUCCCACUUGAAUUCGGGUUCUCACAAGAAAUGGAAUUCAUUUUCCAACAUAAUUAUAUCCAAACAAGCAGUCAAGAUCAGACAUGUUGUCCGGCAAUUCCCCCCCCCCCCCGGGUAUUACCUGACCUUUCAACUUGUUAGGCUCAAUUAUCCAUUCUAUUAUCAAUAUUUUUCAUUCUUAAAGUGUUUUUUCCUACGUUUUAUUGUAAAAAGUAAAAUUUACUUGUAUUUUUUUUUAACAACAUGUAAGAGUGGGUCGACCCGCGCGGGUUUUACCCGCCCGACCCGUAGUAGCGUGGGGCUUUUCAUAAGAUUAGAUGUAUUGUUUGCUAACUUGUAUGUGAUUUGUGACGGUCGUGUUUCAGAGGUUCAAAAGAAACUCUUAAUGGAAUCUAAAUCGGUAAGUGAUUUUAGCUCUAUGAAAUUAUUUAAUCAUGGUUGUACUAUUUUAGCACAAAAUAUCCUAAUGUUAACUUUUCCAAUACGACUUUCGGUAUGAUUUUAUAGUUUUUGGUUUUUUGUGAACACACAUCGAUGCUCGGGUUGGAGCAACAUGUGAAGUCUGAUUCAAGCACAAAAUACCCUCAUGAUAACUUUUUUGGCAUGACCUUCAGUAUAGUUUUACAAUUUGUUUUUUUUUUUUGUUUUGUUUCUGAACAUAAAUUGAGGCUCGGGUUGGAGCACGUGUCAAGCCUUAUUUAACCAUGGUUGAACUACAAUUUUAGUACAAAAAUACUCUAAUACUAACUUUUUUGUUGUGACCUUCGGUAUGGCUUUAAAACUUUUAGUAUAUCUAAACAUAAAUCCAGGCUUGGGUUAGAGCAACGUGUCAAGCCUAAUUUAGCCAUAUUUUAAGCACGGUUGAACUACGAUUUUAGCACAAAAUACCCGAAUGUAAAUUUUCCAGUACGACCUUCGGUAUUAUUUUACAAUUUUUCAUUUUUUCUAAACAUAAACCAAGGUUCAGGUUGGAGUAACGUGUCCAGCCUAUACCAAUAGCGUUCUCUCUAGUUUUGGAUGAAAGUUACAAUUCACCCGCCAAACAAAUAAGAGUAAGGAACUAAGGAUUAAUAACCUUCAUGUAUCAAACAAAUUCAAGAAGUUGGAAAAAUUCUAUAACAGCCACGUGUUUAAUUUUGAAGUGGCUGUUACCUACAACAAUUAAAACUACUUGUCAUUUUAACAAAUCUCUCAUGCAACAGUGACCACUUUGUUACUUUAAUUAGUAAAAUAAAAUAAUAAUAAUUAAGAUGUUUAUUAUUGUACACAGCUCAUAACAGGCUGCAAAGAAAUCUGACAGCCGGUAGUGGCAUCAACGUGGUUUACAAGAUUGCUCUAUCUUCCACUCUUAUUCACGACUAGUUGGCCAAACCAGCUCUUAUACUAUGUGAGAAACUAAUUGUCAAAAUAAUUCGAAUUGCUUGGAUAAGUUUAUUAUGAAUUUUAUACCACUCUCUUUUGUAUCUGCUUAUAUACAACAUCAAGAGUGCUCAAGAUUUGGAUAUCUUGGUUAUAUAAUAAUUGAUGUUAUUCGGACGAAUUGGAAUUCUGGCACAGAAGUAUAUAUGUGCAAGAUACGUAUGUGUCUAUGAGAUAUGCUUUAGGGUAUUUUGCCGGAGUUUGCGACGGGAGAAGAGGCGGUGUGUGUAUGUUCCAAUGUGACUUCAUUGUUCAACAAAAUCUUGCCGGGGUUUGUAACGAGAGAAGAGGCGGUGUUUGUUAUACAAUAACCUAAAACUCCUACGCUUGGAUUCUCUUGCAGUCUAUCCCACUCCUGAUAUAUAAUAUUGCAAGCCAACAAAUUCAUCCAUCUCACAAUAUUAUAAAGCUAGGUAGCUCGCUUUACGCAGGACACAUUUUAGCUUAGCUAACAGAGAUAGAGAGAGAGAGAGAUGGCCGUGCUGGUUCGUCGCUUGGAUGCUCGAAUGGGAACAGUGCUGAUUUCGUCGCUGGUUCUGACAAUGAUCAACGUAGGCUUCCCCGGCGGUGUAAUGAUCAUCACUGCUGAAGCUGCCCUGGAUCCACUGUGCGGUGCCUCCAACGAAUGGUUUUGUAGUCAAAUCGAUUUCAAUAUCUCUGCAAGCGCCCGAAUAAAGAUAAUAUCGAAACUAACAUCCAAAUCAGAGUGCACUCCGGUCUAUGAGGACGAGGAUCCUAAUCAUCCAGUCGCCUACAUGCAUUCUACUUGUGCUGAGGACAAUGAUACCAGCUGCCGUCGCUGCUUUAAAAUAGCCAAUGACCAGAUACUCGACAAUUGCACUGGCAAAGAUGGAGCUCAGUACGGGACGGACAUUUGUUGCGUUAGAUAUGACAAGAACAACUUUUGUGGAGCUAUAAUAAAUUAAGAAAUGCCAUUGUAUAUGCUUUUGUGGAACAGGGUUUGUGUUAACAAAGGCUCCUCUUUGAUUGACUUACUUCGUCAAAGGAAGCUUUAUAUCCGCUAUAUGGGGCGAUCUUGGAGGGGGGCUUUUUUUAUAUGUUCUUUUUGGCUGUAUCGUGUCUUUUUCCCCCGUAUUUUAGUUAGGGUCGUGUUUUUGCUCUCUUGACUUUCUUCGUAGUAGCUCGACUGCAUACAAACUACUGAGUAUAGUCGGAGUCAGUCUUGUAAUUGAGUCGUUGUUCCAUGUCUAUGGACUUGGCUUGGUUAAAAGAAAGGAACGAAAUGAAGCCCUGCUCAUCGAUAUAUGCAAUGGGGAAAGAGAUUCAUCAUAAAUAAAACUACGAGAAAUUAAUACAGAUGAGUUAUUUCGGCCAAGCAAAUUGAUAAUAUAUAAAAUAUUAAUAUAUUUCGAUAAUUUGAAUUGAAUUUUUUUUAGGAUUACUAAAAUUCGAACAUAUAAACUGUGGAUCCAAUCUUCUUCUCAUGCAUGCCAGAAAGAAAAACAUAUUCCAGAUGGAUGAUCAACUUUUCGUUUAUAACCAUCAAAAUUAAUUGUCUUUUGUUAAUGAUGUCGAAAAUUUGUAGGUGAAAGAGUUAGGAUCACAAAACAUGAGAUGCUCAAAGAUGACAACAUUGUUAUGGAAAACGUUUCACAAAAGUAUGUUUCUGCCACACAAGUCAUAUAUAGAAAUCGACACAUGCACAAACAACGCCCGAGCCAAUAGAAUUCACUAUUUCUACUUAAGGAAUUUAGUUCCCCUCUACGGUACCCAAGGUUAUUGGAACUAUUCCUCCCAGGAUAGAACGGACGUACCUUUUCUGGCUGUACCGGUACUUGAAACACCAGAAUCCGACGAACGCAACGAUCAGAGAGAAGUCACACGACUCUGUUUUUCUUUAUGAGUUUGUAGAGAGGAAAUGCAAUGAAGAAUGAAAAACUCUUUAUCUUUUGGCCAGAAAAAUUUCUUGGGAAAUAACUUGUAUAGAAAACAGAAGGGGGUAGGUGUUUAUUUAUAGAUAAUGAAGGGGUGCGAGUGAAGGGAUGUGACCCUUCAAUUGGGUGGUUACACCCCAACCAUUGCAAUGGUUCAGUGAAGCGAUGUGACCCUUCAAGUGGGUGAUUACACCCCAACCAUUGCAUCGGUUCGCCAUAGUAGUUGGACCGGUUGGUUUCAUUCCAACCGCCACAUCGGUUCGGUCCGAUUCGGUUCAACUUGGUUUAAUCAAUAACUCACCAACUA